GCUUCCUCCCUCCGUCCUCGAACCGGUCUCGUAGCUCUGUGACUGCCUGUAAGGGCCACUUCGCUCACGAUUUUUGCCACAUACGCAUCUGGCCCUUGACAACCGGCCCCGUUCACCGUACUUGGAGCCUAAGGCCUUCCCGCGCAGACGGGAGUGCUGGUAGGGCAGAAGACCCCCUUUCGGAGAAGCUGGGAUGGCGUCCCCUGGCAUCUUGGUGCCAAAUGCACAUUUGAUAGGGUUAUUGCUACAGAUGCUCGCUACGGGCGCGUACUUCAUCUACCUUCCACAAUGUAUAGUCAUUCUCCGCAAGAAGCUGCGCCAAGGGCUCUCCAUAUGGCUCCCCAUUGCGUGUGCGCUCAUGUGCAUUACGACCACCAUUGAUCUAAUCGUGGAAAUAUGGCGAGGCUACCAUGCAUUCUCCGUCAAGGGCAAGAUGCUACCUAACCCGAGCCUGUUCUAUGCGGAUCCCGCAACACCGGAGUCGUUGGUCAAGAACGCGCUAAACGUCAUCGUCGCGCUGAUUUCGGAUGCCAUCAUAACAUAUCGGACGUUCAUUAUCUGGGACAUGAGCAUCGCUGUCAUACUCAUUCCCACCGGCGCGAUCCUUGCCAACAUCGCUAUCGGCAUCUGGGCAAUGUGGACGCUCUCGCGCACGCACCCCGGCGACUUGCUGGUUCUUGCAGACGUCACGGUCCGGAUACGCUACUUCUUCAUCCUGACGUUCUGCGUGAACAUGCUCUGCGCGAGCCUCAUCUGCUUCAAGAUCUGGCGCGUGCAUGUGUUCGCGAAGCGCGUCGUGGACAUGUCAGCGACGAAGAACGUACUGGAGAUCGUCAUCGAGAGCGCUGCGUUGUACUGCGCGUACUUGUUCGCUCUCAUCGUGACCAGCAGUGUAGGGUCCAAUGUGUUCUUCGUGUUCCUUGACCCACUACCACCGGUGACCGCUGUCAUCUUUUCGAUGCUCAUCGUUCGCGCACAAACAACCCCGAAGGAGCCGUCUACCGGACAGCGGAGCAGCAUCCACUUCUGGAGCCGCAGUUACGGGCCCGGACUGAGCACUGUCGCGCGCCGCAGCGACGGCUCGCUCGCGGACGCGGAGAUCAAUGUCAACCUCCAGCACAUUACCGAUAGCGUGACGGACUCCACCGUAGUGGACAGCACGUCGCGAAUAGGAUAUCAUCCUGGAGAGAGGGGGAGCUCGUCGCGGGAGUAUGAGCUGAGCAAGAUGGCUUAACGGUCGUGGUAAAAUGUGAUAUACCUGCGCCAGUGCUUGGAUCUUGUAGCUGCGCUAUGUUGCUUGGACUGUUCCUGUAUUCGGUCGCGUUGCUGUAUGUUAGAACGUAGUUUACGACCUGGCACGUACAUAGUAUGCAUUGUUGUCCUCGGAGGCCCUCCUUAUCG